GGAUUCCAAUAGGGAGGUCUUGCAGAAGAUAUGCUGUGUGUGGAUACGGCUAAGGGCUUUACCUUGGGGUGGGAGUGGGGAGGAUGGGGGACAACAGCUAGCCACUAGCCAUUGAUAAUAGUGUCUGUUCUCUGCCGCCCACCCAACCUUAGCAGCAUGUGAUCAGGUCCAGCAGGCGGCUGCUGGAAACCUAGCUCUGACUGAAGGAAGGAGUUAAAAAAGCCCUGUUGAAGGCCAGAGGGACAGACCGUGUUUAUCCAGGAAAAGAAGUCAGACGUAGGCACUAGAGGCCCCUGCCAGCUCCUCCCCGAAAGACUGGGCUAGGGGAGCAAGCUAGGAAGAAAACUGCGGUUCUGCGCACCUUACAGCCAGAAGCCAGACGCUGUUAUCUAGCACGUGCCCACAGGUAAGGUCUAACUCUGGGUGCAUUACUGAGCCAGGCAAGGGCUAGGAGUCCCUGGCAGACUAUUGGUACUUCCAUUGUUCAUGGUGAUUUCAUGCAGGAGUGCACUGAGCUCGCUGCAAAGAAGCCUUCCUGGGCCUGCACUGGGGGUGGCGGAGAAUCAAUAGUGCCUUUGUGCUCUAAGGUUUCUUCAGGAAAAAGAGUGGACAGUAGGAGGAACCGCUCGACUGCCCAGCUCCACCUUACAGCCUCGCGAUGUGACCUGGCUGAGAAACUAAGGCGCACCUCUGGCCAGGGCUCCCAACCGGGAGACUGGACUUGGACGUUCUCUGCCUCGGUGUUGCAUUACCCCCACCCACUGCAUGUGGCUCUUGGAGAAAGCCGGUUAUAGAGUGCGGACCGCAGAGGCCCGGGCGCUGCAGGCGCACGCCAGCCUGGUCCCCAAGCGCCAGGCCCCGGGCUCGCCCUUGCGCUGCAACCCUAACGUCCUCACCCCCGACCGCAUCCCGCAGUUCUUCAUACCACCUCGGCUCCAGGACCCAAGCGGCGCCGAGGCCAGGGUGGACCGCUCCCCGGGCGGCCGGAACCUCCCGGUGGCCUGCUCUCUGCCGCACCUGGCAGGCCGCGAGGGCUGGGCCUUCCUGCCGGAGAGCCCGCACACGCGCCGCCGCGAGUCCUUGUUCCACCGGCCGCGCGGCCUGGCUGCGGGCCUGCCCCCGGCGCAGUCACGCCUGCACGUCUCGGCCCCCGACCUCCGCCUCUGCCGGGCCCCAGACAGCGACACAGCCUCGUCGCCGGACUCCUCGCCCUGCGGUUCCCCGCGCACGCCCAGGCCGCAGUCCCUGUCCCCCGACGAGGCCAGCUCGGCGGACACGAGUCCGUACGCGCCACGCCGCGCGCCGCCGCUCUUCCACCUGGACUUCCUCUGCUGCCAGCUGCGGCCGACCAAGGACAGCGUGCUGCGCCUGGGGCCCCGCGGCGGGCAGCUGCGCCUGUCCACCGAGUACCAGGCGGGGCCCGGGCGGCUGCGGCUGCGCCUGGUGAGCGCCGAGGGGCUGCCUCGGCCGCGGACUCGCCCCGGGAGCGGCGGCGGCGGCUGCUGCGUGGUGCUGCGGUUGCAGCCGCGCGUUAGGCCCGGAGCUCAGCGGAGCCGGGUGGUGCAGAGCAGCUGUAACCCUAUCUUCAACGAAGACUUCUUCUUCGAAGGGCUGCGCCCGCCGGAUCUAGCUGCCCGUAGUCUAAGGGCCAAAGUGCUAGACAGGGGCGCGGGGCUGCGCAGGGACGUGCUGUUGGGGGAGUGUGAGACGCCCCUCAUCGCCCUGCUGCCCCCACUGGCUGGAGGUCUAGGCCCUGGGUCCUCCCUGGCACCUGCUCAUCUCAGCCUGUAGACUGACACCACAGCUUUUUCGGGAGGUUUCCACUGGGUCUGCAGCCCCCAUUCUUGCCACCUGUCCAGCAUGUUUUUAUUUUUGUUAAUAAAACAUCCAUUUGUCUCUAGCUGUGUGCUCCUCAGUGGGCACCAAAAACUCUAGGCUUUGCAGCAACUCUUUUCUGCCCAGUCCACACUCCCCUGAUCAGGAGCAGGGCUUAAGCAGUGCUUCGGGAGACCCAGAACCACUAGAAGCGCUUGUUAAAC